UUGGGGCCGGCGCGGGCGCGCGCGCGCUCGCUCGCUGGCUUGCUGGCUGGCUGGCUGGCUGGCUAGCCGCUCGCUCGCCGCUCGCUCGCUGCCCGUGUCGGGUCCAGCAGUCUGUCGGUCCGUCCGUCCGCCCUCCUGCCGGGGCGGGGCGGGGCAGGGGAGGCCAGGGCCGGGCCGGGGCGGCCGGAGAUGGUGAUCUGCUGCGCGGCGGUGAACUGCUCCAACCGGCAAGGCAAGGGGGAGAAGCGGGCCGUGAGCUUCCACAGGUUCCCCCUUAAGGAUUCCAAACGCCUGAUCCAGUGGCUGAAAGCGGUUCAGAGGGAUAACUGGACUCCCACCAAGUAUUCCUUCCUCUGCAGUGAGCACUUCACCAAAGACAGCUUCUCUAAAAGGCUGGAGGACCAGCACCGACUUCUCAAACCAACCGCUGUGCCGUCCAUCUUUCACUUGGCAGAAAAGAAAAAAAGUGCCCGCAGUCAUGUCCGAAGUAGGAGGAAGGAGGCCGACCAACCUCCCGGGGAUGUGAGGGAGCAGCAGGAGGAAGCCGAGGGUGAAGUCGACAAACGUCCACUGCUGGCUGUGGAUGAAGAGCCGAUAGCAAAAGAAGAGGUUGGCAAGAUGGAACGAGCAGCGUCCCAGUCUGAGCAAGAGGCAGAGAGGCCCACCCUGCUUGAAGGGUCCCCAAGAACUUCCGCUGACAGUUUGGCCACAGAGCCCAGAGUCCCCAGAGAGCCCGCAAGACCCUCUCUGGGCAGCUGUACUGAAACACGUGCCCAAGCCGAGGCUUGGGACACAGACAAGAGCGGCAUCUCCAUCGAUGACUUCACUCCUCCUGGGUCAGGGGCGUGUAAAUUCAUUGGCUCGCUGCACUCUUACAGUUUCUCCUCUCGGCACACGCGAGAGAGGCCCUCGCUUCCAAAGGAGCCGCUGGACAGGAAAAGGCUCAAGAGAGACAUGGAAGCGGGCUGCAGCCGAGGCAGCGUGGGGCCUGGCACGUGCCUGGCAGAGGGCUCCCGGACGUCCUCCCUGACCGCCACGCCUCAGAAGCCCUCACAGAGCUCAUCGGCGCCCCCGCCAGACGUCACGCCGAAGCCUGCCACAGAAGCCGUGCUUGGCCAGAAGGGAGACACGGAUGCCAACCCCAUGUCCAUCAACGAGGUCAUCAUGUCGGCAUCUGGGGCAUGCAAGCUCAUCGACUCGCUGCACUCAUACUGCUUCUCCUCCAGGCAGAACAAGAGCCAGGUGUGCUGCCUGCGGGAGCAGGUGGAGAAGAAGAAUGGUGAACUGAAACUCCUGAGGCAGAGGAUAAGCCGCUCAGACAACCAAGUGAAGAAGCUACGGGAAAAGCUGGAGGAAGUCAGGAGGCUCACUCUCCCCUACCCGGACGGCCUCAUAGCCCCAGACUGUGAGACCCCUAAGAUGAACCCCAUCAUCGAGCCUCUCUCCUGGAUGCUGGGCACCUGGCUCUCUGAACCCCCGGGAGAUGGCAUCUACCCGACCCUGCAGCCUUUUAAUUACCUGGAGGAGGUGCACAUCACCCACGUGGGCCAGCCAAUGCUGAACUUUUCGUUCAACGCCUUCCAUCCAGACACUAAGAAGCCAAUGCACAGAGAGUGUGGGUUCAUCCGUCUCAAACCUAAUUCUAACAAGGUGGCCUUUGUUAGCGCCCAGAACACAGGUAUCGUUGAAGUGGAGGAGGGUGAAGUGAAUGGGCAGGAGCUGUGUAUAGCGUCUCACUCGAUCGCCCGGAUCUCCUUUGCUGCUGAGCCCCGCGUGGAGCAGAUCAUGCGAAAGUUCCGGCUGAACGCUGAAGGGAGACUGGAGCAGACGGUCUCCAUGGCAACCACCACCCAGCCAAUGACGCAACAUCUUCACAUCACCUACAAGAAAGUGACACCUUAAGGGGGCGGAGCAAUGAGGAUGGCUGAGUGUGCGCAGCUGCGGUCGGGGCGGGGUGGGGCAGCUCAGGAAAGUGAUACAGGAACGCCCCGCUCCGGAAGGGGGGUGUCGUGAGACUGUCCCUGGGACCCUAAAAUGGCAGAGAAACCAAAUAAAACCCCUUUAUUUUUAUGGCUGUGGUUUUGAACAUCCUCACGUGUCCUUUGUACCUUUGUUUGGUCUGAUGGGGAUGAUUUGUUUCCCAGAGGAAAUCAGGAAGGGGAGACCUUUCACAUUUCUGACAUUGUUAGACAGAUUCAUUUGGUGACUUCUAAAAUAUUGGUGACAGUAGAACAGAAUCAUUAGUAAUCAGGAGCAAUUCUGCAACCAAGGGGAUAGUGCCUUACUCACGGAGGGCAUUUGAUAAAUGUAUGUGAAUUUCAGAAGAAACAUGACAGAUUCUAACAUCAUGUAAGCUUCUUGCGGGCAGGGAUGAUUUCAUUCUUUGUACUUGAAUCCCCGUUGGCCUGGCCCAGUGUCUGGCUCUAAUAAAUACUCUUUGGUUGGUUGAUAAGAUGCACUUCUUUGGUUUAGGGAGAAAAGAACCUGGUGUUGAGGGACAGGGAAUUCCUGUCAUUCGAAGUGAUUUGUGAAUGUGUACUGUAAUAGAACAUUCAUCUUGCUGUACUUGAAAUGUGCCAAAUUCUGGUGCAUCCGAAAAAGAAUAAAAGUAUUUGCUGUGUGUGGCAUCCGAGGCACUUUGGUACCUGCCCCUCUCCCAGAUCUCCCCGUUCUCCCCUUUCCGUUCUCCCCUCUUUUCCAUCCGACCUCCCCACUUUAGAUUUCUUUCUCCUCAGUCAUCAAUCAAUGGACUAGCAAUUUAAAAAAUUAAUCGGUGUCUUUUUUUUUUCUAUCACCUACAAUUCCACUGUAUCCCUCCCCCUCAUUGGGAGCCAUCCCUUAUAACAAAAGGAAAAAAUGUUUAAAAGAAGAAAUAAAUUUCAGCAAAAACU